AUGCUGUCCCCAAAUCACAUAACUAUUCAAGAUGCUCUCAAUCAGGAAGAAGUCCCUCAUGGCCGCUCUGGCGGCCCUUGCCUUCUCAACCUUCGUCACCGCCCUCCCCAACCUCAAUACCGGAACCCAAACAACCCCAACAACCUCUCGCCCACCAACACCCCGCCGGAGCGCAAGCCAAAGCAUCCUCUGAAGAACAGUGACCCGCUGCCAAUACCGCACAAACGCCCACUCACCACCAUCAUGUGCCCGUGCCUCACCUACCCCGACUCCAUGUUGACCCCCUUCAAGUGGACCCGGCUCCCGACCAGCGUGAUCAACUACUACCCGAUAUUCACGCGGGAUUUCCUCCCCCCUCCUCUUGUGACCACGGUCAUCGACGUCCCCACCGGUGUCUCCGAAGUCGCCGUCUACGGGCCCACCGACUUUGACCCGGCGCCGGUGAUCUACGUCAGCCGCACCGAAGACAUCUCGGCGGCCCUUGCCAGAUGGGAAUCCACCCACGUCAAGCCUGGCGUUUGGAUCUCCAUCCCGGACGCCCCCACACCCGCUCCCGCCCCGGUCGUGGUUACCCCUGUCGCUGCCGCUGUCGCCACACCCUCUCCCGUCGACCACAAAAUCUUCGCUCGUGGCAACGACCUCCGCACCAUCACCCGCACCUCCACGUUGAGUCAGACAGAACUGGUGGCCGAGACCGAGGCCACUGAUACCCCAGGCUUUGACGGUAUUGAGUCGGCUUCUGACGAUGGUGAUGUCGUUGCCUCUGAUGACGAUGUUGUUACGGCUACCGUGGUCGUCACCGAGGUUGUCUCCUCUUCCGACCCGGUGGUCACAGCUACCGAGGUUGUCACUGAGGUCGUCUCGUCUUCCGUCGACGAAACCCCAUCUCCCGUCGACGAAACCCCAUCUCCCGUCGACGAAACCCCAUCUCCCGUCGACGAAACCCCAUCUCCCGUCGCGAAACUUUCUUCUUCGUCUGCCGAGGCCGUCACUGAGGUCGUCACCGAAGUUGCCUCCUCCGCCUCCUCCUCCUCCUCCUCUUCCACGAAGUCCAUCCGAACCCGCAGCACCACAUUUACCAGCGUGGGAAGCACAACGGUGACUUCAACGGAGAACUCUCACCGUCACUGCAACUGCAACCGUACUGCCCCGACGACGACCUUCGUCACGUCCAACAGGCCAUCGUCGGAGGAGGAAGGCCAACCCCUCGGCCUCAGUCCCGGCCCAAUUGGCACAACGGUCGUAGUCGAAAACGGGACGACAGUCACCAUCAUCCUAUACUCGGACAUGGUGACUAACACUGCCACGACCUACACGACUACCACGGCCUUCCCGUCUCCGACCCCGGUAUGGCGGAACUCAACCUUCCCCCAGGACGCGAGGGAGGGGUGUAUCGAGUGCCAAAACAUCUUCGAGGAUAGGGGGGAGAUUCCGCCUAAGGAGUGGCCUCCCAAGAACCUCACUGACUAUCCCCCUGAGAUGGGGAAUUCCCCGAACGUGGGGGAGAGAAGCGUGGAGGAGGGGGUGGUUGGGAAGCUGGUUCCGUCGGUUGGGGCCCGUGGCGAGGAGGUUGUUGAAGGCGAGGAGAAUGAUAUCGAUCCUGCUGGCUUGACUGUUGAUGUCGAUGAGGAGCAGAUCGAGGACAAGGAUGGUGUCAAGGUCUCUCCCCGGAAUGAUACCGAUCCUGUUGGCUUUACUGUCGAGGCUGACGAAGACCAGGUCAAGGUCGCUCGUCGUAACGAUAUCGAUCCCGCCGGCUUGACUGUCGAGGUUGAUGAAAACCAGGUCAAGGACAAGGAAAAGGCCCCUCUUCAUCACAUCUCCCAUCCUUCGGUUAACCCGACAGAGCUGAAGGACCCCAGCCCGGUUAUCCCUUCCACUUCCAACAAUAAGGCCAUCAAGGAUGAGUUGCGCGACGCCGGUUAUUUUAUUCCGUCCCAGGAAAUCACCCUUGAAGAAGCUGAGAAAAUGCAGGCUGAUGCCAAAGCCAAAGCCAAAGCCAAAGCCAAAGCCAAAGCCAAAGCCAAAGCCAAAGCCAAGGCCAAGGCCAAGGGCAAGGGAAAGGUGACUGCUCCUCGUCAACUUGCCCCUCCGGAGGUCACUGAUCCAGAUCUGAACAUCUUGGCUGGCCCCGGUCCUGUCCUCCCGUCCAACAUCACCCUCGUCGCCAACAACCACGGCCACGGCCACGACCACACCGCUAGAGGUAUCCGUAGCACCAACACUGAAACCCACACAGCCGAUGAACCCGAAAUCUCCUUCCCUCCCGACUUUAAGCCCCCCAAAACCCUCAUCCCCGUUCCCAUCAAUAAUUUCGACCGCAAUCACCAAACCAACCUCACCCACAAAACCGGUACCAAUUCUGCCUCCGCCUCCCCCUCCAGCAGCUCCAAGCCCACCAUCCACACCAGUCAAACCCACCGCCGUCGCCCCCACCGCCGCGUCCGUCCAAAGGUCCUUGUUCCCUUGGCAGCAACAGCAACAACCGCCCCUCGUGCCCAGGAGCAGGGGCAGGCAACAGAGUCCAAAUCCAAGACUGAGUUUAAGGCGUUACCCGAAGGUUUCGUCUUUGGCGAGACCCUGUUGCCGCUGGACAAAAAGGCUUUUACGAGGAUGUUUAAUCAGCAUAUGAAUAUUACUGAUCCGGAAAAGUCGCCGCUUGUUCAGGACGAGUUUUUGGUUGGUGCUGCUGUUGGGGGUGCGGCUGAUGUUGCUGGGACUGGUGCGGUUCAUGUUGGGGGUGGCCAUGUCCCCCGUUCAGCUAGGUUCCGGCCUAUCAGCCCUUAUGAGCCUCCUAAGGACACUGGUACUGGUGCUGGUUCUGCUUCUGCUUCUGUUGGUGCUGGUACUGGAACUGGUACUGCUAGGGCUGCCAAUGUCCCCCGUUUGCCUCAAUACCAACCUAUUGGCCCUUACCAAGAUCCUGAAGCCCUUGCGGAAUUCAGAAGAGUGCAGAAACAGACUUAUGAUAACCUCAACCGCCAGCAGCAGCAGAACCAGCAGGAAACCCAAUCCCCCGCCUCUCCUCCCCUUCCCACUCUGAGUGCCCGAAACGCCGACCUCAGCGGAGUCUGCAACUGCGCGCACAACGACGACGCGCACCGCUGGCAUGACACCAUGUCCCCUAUGGACCGGGCCACGGAGAUCUGUGUGGCUGGCGGUGGAUGCAAGAUUACUCGCGAGAAGGAGGAAAUGUGUGUGAUGGUGGGUGGAGGACCGAAUCCGUGCGCUUGUCUUGCUGGUGCUAUUGGGGAGUGGCAGAGUUAUCAUAGGGAUGUUUGGUGGCUUUGGAGUGCGGUUCAUUGUGGUGGGAGUGCGGUUGUUGUUACUGAUCGGUAA